AAUUAAUAUUAAUAUUAAUAAUUAAUUAUUAACCUUAUAAAGUUAUAAAUACCCUUAUUUGUUGAAACCCUUUAAAUCUCUCUUCCUCUAAAGUCUAAAAACUAAACCCUCUUUUCCAAGAAUCCUAGUCACUGUGCCGUCGUCGUUGUUUUUCGUAGGUAAAGAUGAAACGAUUCAAUCCCGAGUCCAUUGACGACGACGACUCAGUUUCUUUUGAGCCUCAAUCAAGUUUUCUGCGACGCGUUUCGUCGCUAAAUCAAUAUCAAACCCAAACAAUGAGCCAGAAUGUUGAUCAGAACCAAAACCCCUCUGGUAAUGAUCGUCGAUUUGUCCAUCAAAUCCAGAAUCCUUGUAGUGAGAAUCAAACCCUAGAAGCUGCUUUUUCUCGGCUUUCUGUUGGUGGUUCGUCGAAUGGCUACGGGGUUUCGUCUUUUGAUGAGAAUCCUUACUAUAACCAUGGGGUUCAGGCUACUAAUUGCUGUUUGAAUCAAGAAAGUAGUGUUGGUUUCAAUGGUGAUGUUCGAAAUAACAUCGGUUACGGUUACGGUCGAGGUAGACCUUUGAUGAUGUCUGAGAUGGAUCGUAUGAUGUCUAGUCAAAUGGAUUUUAUGUUGAGGCAAAAUGGUUAUGGUUAUAGUAAUGGUUUUGGUAAUGGUUAUGGGAAUGGUUAUGGUUAUAGGAAUGUUAACAAUCUUUUGAAUGGGGCUGUUGCUGGUAAUGGUGGCGGUCGAGGAUUUCAAUAUGGUUUAUUGAAUGAAUCCUUGGCGCCGCCGAAUGUUUCUUGGGUCAAUGGUAUUGUUAAUCAUAAUGGAAGGAGUCAACAUUGGUUUGAUCAAUUUCGUGGGAAAUUUUAUUCAAUGGCUAAGGAUCAGAAUGGAAGUAUGAUUUUGGGGGAAUUGAUUGAAAAAUUUGGAAGAGAGGCUGUUUCAAAUAUUUUCACGGAGGUGAUUGAUUAUGUUUCUGAGCUGAUGGUUGAUCCAUUUGGUAAUGUUGUUAUUCAGAAGAUGGUGGGACUAUGCAACGAGGAUCAACUGACCCGGAUCAUUCUUAUGGCCACAAGCUAUGAUUGUCAGCUCAUUAGACUUUCUGUUGAUCAUUAUGGAUUUCGUUCUAUUGAGAAACUGUGUGAGAAUGCUACCACUAGAGAUCAAAGGCGUCUUAUUAUGUCUGCUUUGAAUCCUGCUGCUCUUUUGUUGGCUAAGGAUGUUAAUGGUCAUCGUGUGGCUCUCUCUUGUUUGAGAAAUUUCCCACAUGAAGAUACUAAGGUAUUCCUGAGUAUUCUUGCAACUAACUCUCUGUCGAUUGCAAGAGACAAGACUGGAUGUUGCGUGAUGCAGUAUUGCGCUAGCCAUGCUCAAGGAGAACCUAAGAAUCGGUUGAUAGAUGACAUUGUACUAAAUGCUCCACUAUUAGCAGAAGAUUGUUACGGCAACUAUGUGCUUCAACAUCUAUUGUCUAUGAAAAUACAGAGAGUUUCAUGCAACCUACACAGACAGCUUGAAGGACGAUUUGUAUAUCUUUCCUGCAAUAAGUAUGGGAGUAAUGUAGUGGAAAAGUUUUUCCACGACGCAGGUAUAGUUCUAUCUGAAAAAAUCAUUGCAGAGCUGCUAAACUCUCCAAAUGUAUCAAGGCUCCUUGUGGAUCCAUUUGGAAACUAUGUCAUCUGUACAGCACUGAUGAAAUUUAAGGUUAAUCCCUAUCUUAAGAAUGCCCUGCUGGAUCUGAUCCAAGCAAACUCUCUAAUGAUGCGCAGCAAUAUGUUUGGCAAAAAGUUGCUUGAUAGGGCUGACAAAGAAUUGCGGAAUAUGUAAACAUGGGUCUGAUGCCGACAAUGUGUAACCCUUUUCAUCUAUCUCCUUUUCUUCAUCUUCUUGUUACUCUUACCUCUGGUAUACUAGUAGAAUUGAAUACUGAUGCGUCUUAGGCAGUUAACCCAAAUAAACAUUUUGGUCUUAGUAUUUGAUGUCUUAGGCAGUUAUCCAAAAAAAAUCCCAUGUGUUGUUCCUGUUGUGCGUUACUAAAAAAAAAGUUUCCGUGCUUUAGAAGUGAGAGUCUUAGGUUAUGUCUGUUGUUGUUUGAUUAUUUUCUUUCAGUUUGUUUUUGUUUGUUUUGAUGAUGGCAUGGAAUGGAAGGACUUUGCUUCUGGAACAGUUUAGAUUGGACAGUGCUGUAUAUGUUAUAGAAGCUGGAGCGGGUCUUACUACAAAUGUUGAUAUUCUAAUGCUGUAAUUUUUAUGAUUCUACUGUUAUAGUUGCUCCAUAUUGUCUUGUACAAUAAGAUAAUAAGUUGGAUGCGUUGUUUUGCUUUAUAUUUUUGCAUUAUCUCUGAGAAUAACAUCUUGUUAUUAGGACACUUUUAUAUCAACUUUCUUUCAUUUUGA